CGCUCUGCGUUCUUCCACUACACCCGCGAUCAACCAAUGGUCUUAGACAAUAUCAAUGGCGCAACGGUCCUCUUCCUUGAACAAGUUCAUUCUCUAUGAGAACAAGCUAAGAUUCUACAUCAUCGCCUCUAACUCUUCCGACUCCCGCCAUCGAAUUAUCAAAAUCGACCGUUCGGUCCAAGAUGAGCUUGUGAUUGUAGAGGAUGAUGCAGAAUAUACUGGGAAGGAAAUGAGUGCAAUGCUGAAGAUGUUGGAUGACGGUAACAAGAACAUGGGUGGCCUUGGAAAGGCCAAAGUAAUAUUCGGAGUUGCUGGUUUUAUUCGAUUCACCGCAGGAUGGUACAUGAUCCUCCUCACCAAAAGGUCCAUCGUUGCCCUGCUUGGAGGCCAUUAUCUCUAUCACUGCGAGAAUACAGAAAUGAUACCCGUUUGCUUCAACCAUAAAGUAGACAAGCCCGCCGAAGAACAGCGCAUGAUGAACAUCUUCAAGCAAGUGGACAUGUCAAAGAACUUUUACUUCAGUUAUACAUAUGAUUUAACUUCAACCUUGCAACACAACCUUGCUGGGUCAACACGCAACGUUCAUGGGAAGUGGAGCUUUAAUGAUCGAUUUGCCUGGAAUUUUCAUAUGAUCACAGCGCCUUUCCGUGACAUAGAAGACAGUAGGACUCAUUGGUUGCUUCCGCUUGUUCAUGGGCACGUUGAUCAAGCAAAAUUAACCGUCUUGGGCCGAGUAAUCUUCAUUACUUUGAUUGCUCGGAGGUCCCGACAUUUUGCUGGAGCUCGCUACUUGAAGAGAGGAGUUAAUGUAGAGGGAAAUGUCGCGAAUGAAGUCGAAACAGAGCAGAUUGUAUUCGAAGCUCUAACCACACCAUUUUAUUACCCUGCUCGAACAGACGAUGACCAAUGCAGGCGACGGCCAAACCCCAAUUAUACCAGCUACGUUCAGUACAGAGGAAGUAUACCCUUUUACUGGACUCAAGAAAGUAACGUUAUGAGACCGCCGAUUGAGAUCAGUGUCGCAGACCCGUUCUAUACCGCUGCUGCCCGGCACUUUGAUGGCCUACUCAAACGCUACGGUUCACCUAUAACCGUACUCAAUCUCAUCAAGGAACAAGAGCCGGUCCCUCGCGAGUCGAAACUUCGGGACGAGUACACGCAAUGCGUGAACUACCUGAAUCAGUUCCUUCCGAAAGAUAAACAAAUGAACUAUGUUCCUUGGGAUAUGUCGAAAGCCUAUAAAUCAAAGAACCAGGAUGUCAUUAGCAUUCUUGAGGAUCUCGCCGAGACUUCCAUCCAACAAACUGGCUUCUUUCACUCAGGACCCGAACCUUUCUACCACUAUUUACAACAAGAAGGGGAGCCACCAAAUGACCAAUUGUGGCGCAAUAAAAUUUCCUUGCAGAAUGGUAUCUGCCGAACAAAUUGCGUGGACUGUCUAGACAGAACAAAUGCAGCCCAGUUUGUUUUCGGAAAGAGAGCCCUCGGACAUCAGUUGUACGCCCUAGGCGUUGUUGAAAAUCCAAAUCUUGCCUUUGACUCGGACGCUGUCAAUAUGUUGACUGAAAUGUAUCACGAUCAUGGAGAUACAAUCGCGCUGCAAUAUACCGGCAGUGCUUUAGUGAACCGUGUUGAAACGUACCGUCGAAUGCCUCACUGGAAUAGUCACUCGCGGGACAUCAUCGAGAAUAUAAGACGCUUUUACACCAAUUCCCUGUUGGAUGCGGACAAGCAGGCUGCCAUCAACAUAUUUCUCGGCAUAACCAACGACCGGCCAAUAGCUUUGCCUCCUGUUCGUGGAGGAUACCGACAAUGGUUUAACGAAGAGCAUCUUAAACCCCCUUAUGUCAUCGAAGACUGCGACCGGAAACUGCGAGACUUUGUGCGGUACCGUGGUGACUUUUGGAUAGAGUACUAUCGACCCCUUCUAUUUACCUCGCUUAUGAAGCACUUUGCGUAUUCUAUGAACAGUACUCUCAAACUACCAGGGAAAACCGCGAAGGACAUGAAUUAUAGCCCUUUUGAAACCCAUGGCGCCAGAAGUCACCAUACCGGUGUUGUCCAAGGUGUAAAGCGUUGGAUGAGCUCUAAUCACCCCUCUGCUGCCAAGAAAGCCAGCAGGAAACCUACUCUCCAGCCCGAGGCGCACCGGAAGGCUAUGGAACCCGAAUUAGAUCGACAUUCAACUGAAGCGGUAGCAAAACAAUUGUUGGAUCCGAUAGUAUCUGAGGAAGAAGAGGCAGAAUACCAAGGUUAUAUCGACCAAUGUCAAGAAUUGCUUGAUGCUCGCUUUGAUAGUGGCGAACGCAAAGAUUUGGAGCUAUACACUACGGCCGUUCGCACUACAAGUGGUGAUAAUGAUUUCGAUUGGGUCGACGAAGAACCUCGAGAGUUCAUUACCUAUGUUGAACAUGGGUCGAUCCAAUACCUUGAGGGUAGUGGAGGAAGACGGGAAGCUCUUCCUGUGACUUAUAAUUAUGAGAGAUGGCUUUCAGGUGCCGUGAUCGCGUAAGGGUUGAGUUUCCAUCCAUCUUUCCCUCAAGUUCGUACGUAGGUGAUAGGCUGCCAUCAUGAGCCCUCCCUGCAAGUGCUUAUAAAAUAGAUAGUCUAAUUCUGAACUAAAAUUCAGAUAAUGUUGUCGAAAAUAAAUCUCUGAACUAAUGAUACCGAUACGGUACUCAUACC